AUGUAUUCUAAAAUUGUUAACUUUGAUUCAUUGGUGUUAUUCAUGGUGGGCCUUCCUGCCCGUGGCAAGACAUACGUUGCGCAAAAAGUAUGUCGUUAUCUUCAAUGGUUAAGUGUAUCAACCAAAGUUUUCAAUGUUGGAAAUUACCGUCGAAAACUUCAUGGAGCACAUCAAAUGCAUUCAUUUUUUGAUCCUCACAAUACGGAAGGAGAGAUUGCACGUAGAGAAGCAGCCUUUGAAGCACUUAACGAUAUGAUUAAAUGGUUCUUAGAAGAAGAUGGUACAGUGGCUAUAUUCGAUGCCACAAAUUCCACACGAGAAAGACGUAUUAUGAUAAUAGACCAUUGCAAGAAAUAUGAUGUUCAAGUCAUGUUUGUUGAAUCUAUUUGUCAAGACGAGAGUUUGAUUUUGCAGAACAUUAUGGAUGUAAAAUUAUCAUCACCAGACUAUAAAGAUAUGGAUCCAGAACAAGCAGCAGAGGAUUUUCGAGCCAGAAUAUCACAUUAUGAGGAAGUCUAUGAAUCAGUAAAUGAAACGCCAAGUGAGAAGGAUUUUACAUAUAUUAAACUUAUAAAUGUUGGAAGUCAAGCGGUGAUUAAUAUGAUUCAAGGAUAUUUACAAAGUCGAAUAGUAUAUUAUUUGAUGAACUUGCAUAUUUUGCCCAGAAGUAUUUUCUUUAGUAGGCAUGGUGAAAGCGUGUAUAAUUUAGAAGGAAAAAUUGGAGGGGAUUCUAGUUUAUCACCACGAGGUAGAAAAUAUUCAUUAGCACUUCCUGAACUCAUUAAAGCAAAUUUGGGAGAUCAACCCUUGACAGUAUGGACGUCAACAUUGAAACGUACAAUAGAAACGGCCAAACACUUACAGUAUCCAAAGUUACAGUGGAAGGCAUUAGAUGAGCUUGAUGCUGGUGUUUGCGACGGAAUGACAUAUGAAGAAAUUGAGGCAAAAUAUCCAGAAGAUUAUUUUAACCGAGACGAAGACAAAUUUAAUUAUCGUUACCGCGGCGGCGAGUCUUAUCGCGAUGUAGUUUAUCGUUUAGAACCAGUGAUAAUGGAACUUGAGAGGCAACAGAAUAUCCUGAUAAUUGGCCAUCAAGCAAUUUUACGUUGUAUUUACGCAUAUUUUCAAAAAUUAUCACAAGAUGAUUUACCUUAUAUUAAGAUUCCCCUACAUACAGUUAUCAAAUUAACUCCUAAAGCAUAUACUUGUCAUGAAGACAGAUAUAAAAUUGAUAUUGACGCGGCGGAAGCGGGGAGAAAAGGUAAUAGCUUUGAACUUUUAGAUCAUAUUAAAAAGAGAGCUAAUGCAAUAAAAGUUUGA